AUGGACCCCCAAAGCCAGACCCUUGCGCCACUCCCCGACGUCCUCCAUCGGGGUCUCACAGCCGUCUCCUUCUUCGGCUUCCUCUCCUUUAUCUCAACAACGGCUCUGUUCUUCGUCCUAACGUACAGGCUGAUCAAAUGGUACUUUGCGCCGGCGCCCGGACGGCCGCAGCGUAUGACGGACGAGCUGAACGCUGACACCGUUCUGGCCGAGGAGAUGGGUCUUCCAGAGACAUUGUACCCCGCGGGCGGCAAAGAAAACAGCGCAAAGAGAGACGCACCGAAUCAGUUUCUCAUGCUCAUCUACAACCUGCUUCUGGCCGAUAUCCAGCAGUCUCUUGCUUUCCUUCUCAACGCAUCCUGGUUGAGCAAGAACGCCAUAGUCGUUGGGAGUACGACGUGCUGGGCGCAGGGCUGGUUCAUCUCAACGGGUGAUUUGGCGUCCAGCGCCUUCAUUACCACAAUUGCUGUGCACACGUACCUAUCAGUUGUCCGAGACUACAAAUUGCCUACAUGGGCUUUCUGGACCAUGGUCGGCUCAGUGUGGUUCUUCAUAUACGCCCUAGCGGUGGUUGGCAUCAUCAUCACAAAUAACGGGGCGGCUGAUGGCGGUCUGUAUGUCCGGGCCGCUGCCUGGUGCUGGGUCAAUGUACGCUACGAGGCAAUGCGUCUCUACCUCCACUAUCUGUGGAUGUUUGUGUCCUUCUUUGUCACCGCCGUCCUCUACAUCCUCAUCUUUAACCAUAUUCGCCGCACCGACUCUUCUCUUCAACUCCCAUCCUCCUCCAAUAACACUACAUCAUCUGAUUCCAAGAGCAAUCGUGGUCGUAAACUCAGCCACAAACAUCACCUCUCUCAGUCAGAACCCACACAGAGCUCUUACGGAGACGCACCAGCAGAAACCCCGAGCAACGCUGGGCACCAUCCGGCCUUCCUGAUUUACCCCAUAAUUUAUAUUCUCUGCACUGCGCCCUUGGCGCUGGGUCGUGUCAUCACGAUGGCUGGAAAACAGAUUCCGUUGGAAUACUUCUGCCUUGCCGGCGCCAUGAUUGCCUCCAACGGCUGGCUUGAUGUGCUUCUCUUUUCCACCACACGUCACGUCAUUAUCUUCAACGCAUCACCGGACUACGAAGAGACGGGUCUUGAGACGUUUGCCUUCAUGCGCACGCCCGCUAACCGCCGAUAUGGAAACAUGGUCUGGGUCCAGGGCGCUGGGAGCACCCCACAGAACUUGACCUCUGACGAGGGCACUGGUGGUUGGCUUUGGAAGUUGUUCCGCAAGGGACGCCGUGGAGCUGACACGAAGCGAGACCGUCGCCGCAGCGGCGCCCAUCGAAGUAUCAGUCAGGAGUCUUUAAGAAGACGCGGCGGGAAUAUGGAAGGCAUCCAAAUGGAGACGGUGACCACGGUUGUCGUUGAGGUUGAGAGUCAACCUGGGGGCAGGAAAGCCACUGACAGGCCACACUCAAUCGAUACCAUUGGGAAAGAACGGGCGCAGAGUGUCGGAAGCAUGUGA